GGGUGGCGUUGGUGUCAUGUUGGGUAUAAAAACCCAAGAAAUGCCUUUUUUUGGGUAUUUUUGUCAGAAAAAGGACCCGGCGCAGUUCCUGCAGGUGCACGGCAGGGCCUGCAAGGUGCAUCUGGACUCGGCCGUGGCGCUGGCAGCUGAGAGCCCCGUUAACAUGAUGCCAUGGCAGGGGGACACCAACAACAUGAUCGACCGCUUUGACGUGAGGGCGCACCUGGAUUACAUCCCCAUGUACACCCCCCCGCUGCUCAACCCCGUUUCCCCCGAGCAGGAAUCUGAUGAGAGGAAAUGCAACUACGAGCGCUACCGUGGGCUGGUGCAGAACGACUUUGCGGGCAUCUCGGAGGAGCAGUGCCUCUACCAGAUCUACAUUGAUGAGCUCUACGGAGGGCUGCAGAAACCCAACGAGGAUGAGAAAAAGAAGUUGGCAGAGAAGAAGGCGUCCAUUGGGUACACGUACGAGGACAGCACCGUGGCUGAGCUGGAGAACGCAGCAGAGAAACGCGGCGAUGAGGAAGACUCCGAGGAAGACAGCAACACGGAUGAAGAUGAGGUGAUCCCUGAUAUCGACGUGGAGGUGGAUGUGGAUGAGCUGAACCAGGAGCAGGUGGCCGACCUCAACAAGCAGGCGACCACCUACGGCAUGGCUGAGGGGGAUUUCGUCCGGAUGCUGAGAAAGGACAAAGAGGAGGCAGAAGCGAUCAAAAAUGCCAAAGCUUUAGAGGAGGAGAAGGCCAUGUACUCGGGCCGCCGCUCACGUCGACAGAGGAGGGAAUUCAGAGAGAAACGCCUCAAAGGGAGAAAAAUCAGCCCCCCGAGCUACGCGCGCAGGGACAGCCCUACAUACGACCCAUACAAACGCUCCCCCUCAGAAUCCACCUCGGAAUCGUGCUCCCGUUCCCGUUCCCCAUCCCCCGGCCACGAGGAGAAGAUCACCUUCAUCACCAGCUUUGGGGGCAGCGAUGAGGAGGCCGCCUCUGCUCAAUCAGCUGCUGGCAUUGCUGGGAAGGCCGGCGCUCCGGGCAAAGCACGUGUGGGGCAGCAGGGCAGCGCCAGCGCAGGUCAUAGCGCCUCGUCCCGGCGCCGCUCUUCGUCCUCCUCCUCCUCGCCAUCCUCCUCCUCGUCCUCCAGCUCCCGCUCCAGCUCCCGCUCGCACCGCGCUGGCCCCUAUUACCGCUGCGGCCGUUACCGCCGCUCCCGCAGCCGCCGCUAUUCCCGCUCGCGCUCCCGCAGCCGUCGUUAUUCCGGAGGGGGGUCCCGCGACAGCCGGCGCCGAUCCCGCUCCUAUUCACCGGACAGGGGGCAUCGCUACGGCUCACGGCGGCGUUCACGGUCCCGCUCCCGUUCCAUUGACCGCCAUCGCCGUGGUGGCCGUUCCAGCCGCCAUUGGAGCAGCAGCAGCGGCAGCGUGUCGCCGACCCCCAGCAGAUCAGCAUCCCCUGUACGAGAGAAAGCAGCCAGACCCACAGCAUCACCCGCCGUGGGGGAGAAACUGAAAAAGGCGGACGCGUCUUCUGCUGGUAAAGAGUCGGGAGCUGCCAAAGUCAGUAAGAAUUGAAGGUCGCCUCUCUUUCAUUCACACCACAGCAGCGCAGCCCGAGGGACGCCGUGGUGGUCCCAUGGGGCUGGGGGAGGGCCGGGACCCCCCCCCCCAAAACAAUGCAUUGUCCCCAUUCCAUCCCAUUAUAUCCCACCCACCCCUUUACCCCCAAUGGGGAUGAGAGCAGCACUGGGUUCUGCUCGUGGGCCCACUGGGUUCUGGGGUGGGGAGAUGCCAAUUGAUGGUGGGGGGGGGGCACAGCAACACCCACCCCCUUAAUAGACCCACAACCCCCACAAUAAACCCACAACCCCCUUAAUAAAUCCCCUACUCAAUAAAAUAAUGGGUAUAUGGGG